AUGACCUCUAUUAACCAUCCUAAUAACUUGUGCUAUGUCACCCUUCACUUCCCCUCUUCCACCUCUUGCCACUGCCCUGACCAUGUGCCGCUCAGGGAGCUUGGCAAGAAAUUUGAUGAAAAUAAAAAGUGCGAAAUCACCUCAAAUAACAACCCUACUAUCAUCCUUAAUAACCUCUGCUCUGGCCUCGAGACUUUCCUCGGCUUCAACUCUACUUCCAAAGGAUACGACGGCUCUGGGAUUGUGUACUCCGACUUGGAUAGGCUGUGUGACGGGGUGAUGGGAUUUUUGUAUCAGGUGCUUAAGGAUGUCAGCGAGAAACAGCCUUACAGUGUGGGUAAAGAGGAACUAAAAAAACUUGUUACUGACCUUAAAACUAAAUUAUCCACCGGGCGUGAGGGUUUUAAGGUCAUUGCGCAGGUGGCGAGGAAGGUGCGGGAGUAUAAUGAGAGAGUGAAAGAGUCUAACAACCAUGUGAAAACCAUAAUAAACAAUAUGGACAGAGACAUGAAAACGCUCCAAAAUGAGGUAGGUAAAAUUUUACAACAUAAUCCUGAUUCAGAUGAUCUUAAUGAAGUCAAGCAGGCUGAAACCUUGGUCACUAAGCUGGCCGACGAGUAUGCAAAAAAAGGUAUGAAUUUCGAUAGUAAUUUUGUCAUAAGAGAAAUGAAUGCAUGGAGGACAGGUGCUAAAGUUGAGCCAAUACAGCAAUUCAAAGACAUAAAUUCUGACCUGAGAUUAAAAAUCACCCAUGCGAGAAACAAUAUCACGCAUGAGGCUGAGAGGCUUACGACACUGUCGAAGAAGCAAAAAGAGAACUUGGCUGCGAUGACUAGUAUGAUUAGUAAUAAGCUUAAAACGCUUAAAAGCUGUGUCAAUGAGCGCAUUUUGAAAGAUGUCAAUGAGCUGGUUAAGGAAUUAAACGAUAAGGUGGGAAUAAUAUUAGAACAGCUUGUGAUGAUUAGACAAAAAUUACAAGGUUAUGUUGAGAAAUUGCGGAGAUGGAUUCGAGAUGCAGAUGAAAUUGUCACUGAUUGCAUGAAAACUGCCGAAAAUAUUGAAAAAAAGCAUGUUGCAUGGGCGGCUGAAGAUGAAAUUAAAAAAAGUCUAAAGGAGAUUAAUAAAUCUUUCGGGGAGGCAAAAGAUUUCGUCAAGCAAGAACUUAACAACGCCCUUGGGAAAGUGAGAGAUAUGGACGAAGCGAUCAAAAAGGAUUUGUUUGCCGUGAAAGGUAAGAUAAAGGAGGCGGUUAAGGCAUUAGGUAAGACGUUGGAAGAGAAUGUGAAAGACGGAUUGUGGGCGAUUGAGCAGAAGAUUACGAAGCCGCUUGAUGAGGUUGUUCGCAAUUCGGGGCAGUUCUUCGAGGAUUUUAAGAAAACUAGGAAUGCGCUUCAGGCGGCUAUUGGGAUUGUCAUGGAAGAUAUUUUAAACCUGGGGGGUCUUAAGGUUAAUGAAAGUAUUAAAAACGCGUACGGUGAUACGACCAUCAAAGCGCCACUUCUGCAGGUGAUUGGUCAAGGUAUGGCGUUCAGUAAGCUUAAAACGUAUUUCAACCAGCUCGAUACCGAUGUUAUGCAGAAAAUUAAAGAGGCGAUGCGGCAGAUAUCCGAGGGCAUGGAAAGUAUUGCUGGUAAUGCCUUCAGAGUUGACUUAGAAAGCUGCAUUAAUAAAGCAAGAUCUCAACUGGUUGCGCUGCAUUCAAUUGCCGAAAACCCGGAAAAAGUUUUCCAAUCUGCUACCCUUCAAAAAAAUUUGCGAAGAUAUCUGGGAGAUAAAAUGACUAUUGCUCCUCUUAACGGUAAAUUUAGCGGAUUAUCAACAGCGAUAAAAGCAGUGACUACGGAUCUCGCUGGUGCGUCAAGCAUCGACGCAUCUAAACUAAAAAAUGAUCUUAAAUCUCUGCUAUCUGAGCUCGGCAACAUCGCCCAGAUAGUCUCGUCGCACUCUGCGGAUAUAGUUAAAACCGUCAUUGAAGCAAUAGUGCGACAACUCACUACAGAGAUUGGAAACGUGAGUGAUGCGAUUAAAGACAAAGUGGAUAAAAUAAGAGAUGCUAUAACUUAUAAUAGGGAUAACAAUGAAGUUGAUUACGGCGCGCAAGAAAAAGCUAAAGGUCUUCUGAAAUUACAGAAUGUGUACGGAACAGAUAUCAAUGAGAGACUUAAAACGCUUCAAGGUACUGUAACUAACGAAGCCUUUAAGCACACAUAUUCACAACCUCGAAGUAAAGAAAAUUACGAGUUUGGUGGUACGUUCAUGGAGGAAUUCAAAACAACCUACGAGAAAAACCUCAAAGACGGCGAUUUCAAAGCGGACGGUGGAGAAAGCGUGCUCGACCAAGAGAUCGGUCCGAAUAAUCUUCCAAAUGGGGGAUCUUCAGGGGAUAAAAUAUCUAGUGUUGCUAAAAGUAACUUCACGCAUUAUGAACAGCAUGUUAAACAAGAGAGUCUUGCUCAUAGUAAUCCACAAAAACUAGAGGGCGCUCUUCCAACUGCAAUCAAGGAUAUUAGAGACUACGGCCUCCAACUGUUCGAACAAAAAUUAGGUGCUAAGGAGGAUAGAAAUACGACUAAAUUUGACGGUUUCCUCGAUGACAUAACAAAAAGCAUCAGUGGCCUCAUGCAGGCGCUUGAGCGAACGGGCAAAUCCCUGAACGUGGCGUUGGGGAAGCUAAAGAAUGAGAAGAUCGGUAUGACGACAAGUGGCGCAGCAGCUAGAUCCGAUACACUGCAGGAACUUGAGAAGAAUUUGCUCCAGUUGUUCGGCGUCGAUUUGGACCAGGUCAUCAAAGACGCCACAGCCUUCAAACAGCAAGCCAAUCAAUUGCGCGAUAAAACAAUACGAGAUUUGAACGGACACGUCGAAGAUGAAGUUAAAAAGGCCGAAACUGCUCUCAUCACCCAGGCGAACAAAAACUACGUGACGUCCGUCAAAGACAUGCUGCAGGCCUUUGCUGACAAGGUGCAGAAGGAACUAAAGCCCCUACCCGGCGAGAUUGACACCGACAGGAAGCACGGCUUUAAGGGUUUCAUGCGGACGUUGGAAGGGGCGAUUAGAGAUGAUGGUGAUACGUCGGACGAGAAUAUUGACAAACUCAAGGGUCUCGUAGGUGAACUGUCAAGAAAUGUGAAUCAUAAGGCGUCGUUCAAAAAUCUGUCGCAGAAAUUCAAGGAAUUCUGCUCACCACUCCACGUCUACCUCAAAGCAGAGAUCAAACGCGUUCACGAAGCAUAUAAAGAGAAAAUCAACCCCAAGCCGUCCGGCGCGGAACAACUCUACACCUCCAAACUCGACGCUGCUAAUACCGCGCUCAACAACCUACUCAAUCACAUUAGUAAUCACCGCUACAACCACGAAGUGCCCACCUUGCUCGACAGUCUCUCCACUAAAGUCGAUGGUCUGCACCCCAAGACAUUCAAUGAACCGAGCACUCCCCUGCUUGACGGCGUUGGGAAGGGUGUUCACGGGUUCGUUAGUGAACUUGGAAAGGCGUACAUCUCCGCGUACGACAGUGAGACUUUUGGCGGUGAGAUGUUUGAGAAAGAUAAAUUAACGCCGUAUGGCGCAAAAUUCGCCAAAAUAUGCCUCACCGUGGUCUGCACCCUGAAGGCCACGUUUACCGACUUGACGCACAAUUGCAAGAGUCUACGUGGACAGCAAAUUAAUAAGUCCACCGACGUGGGAAGAUCGUUUGUCGGCCACGGCUACGCGGUCUCCGAUGCGGCGCUGCAAAACGGCGAGUUGCAAAACAAACCGACAGUGGCGGGAGAGAACGUUGCUAAGCGGUUGAUGUUACGAAUUAGCGGUGCCGAUGACAACCAACACCUUAGAUGGUGUGAAUCGAACGAGCAGAGAAAAGACAAUCACUUCCACGUGUUCGACGUCAUUGACUGCAUAUUCAGCCACUUCGAGCAGUACAACGAACUGUGCCACCUGCUCACGGCCUCAGCGAAGCAGCACCCGUGCUCAGUGUACGACAUAUUGAUCUGGCUCAGCGGUUUCCCGUACACUGCCGUGUACUCCGCGAUGCGUGAUAUCACCAUCACCGACCUAUUUGACAACCCGCAUAAGAAGGCGGCCGGCGACGACGAACUUGAUCUCACAUCGACUGACAUGGCAGCCCAAUCCAUAACGUCGCACCCCCGAAACAUAUCGUAUAAUUACGUACGUAAAGCCGUGGAACACAUCUGUGCGACGUCGUAUGACGUAUUGACUGCCGUCGUCGGGACUGGCGACUCCAGGACCGUCUACGCCUCCGACUUCUGCAACAACUCAUUCAAUUUCCAUUACCCAUCGGAUCCGUCGGACUGCCUGGACAUGCUGCUGGACCUACUGCGCCGAUUGUUGCCCGUGUUCCGGUUCUUGGAACUGCAGUGUAACAUCAAGCCCGAACACCACGGCUGGUCACACUGCCGCUACGGGAGGGACAUCCCUACAACGAAAUCGCAGUGUAACGAGCACUCAGGCGAUGAAGCAAACAGCCAAGCAAGGUGUCAAGUAAACUGCCAACCAACGUCCCCGCUUAUGUUAUACCUCAGUGACAGCCUCCCUGGCCAUCUGCCGCACCAACUGCAGUCAGUGGGAUGCAGGGCGAAAUGCAGCACCUGCUCCAAGAGCGCUCCAGGGCAACCGUGCCUGCUUCCUCUCGGAUUCAAGGGCUUCUCGGGCAGCACCAAAACGGGCAGACAGUUGUGCGAAGCAAUCAAGAUCUUCAUCGGUACAGGCUUAAUAUCCUCACUGAUGUGCCUCCUGCCGAAGCCACCAUCCACGCUGCCCGAGCACUUCCAGUUUGUAUUCACGUUGGUUGGUGCGUUUAAUGCUAGCAGAGAUGUCAACUCAAAUGCUGUCCACGCUGCGUUUGUGAAGGCAAUCAAGAAGCAGUCCAUCGACUUGUAUGCGGAGCCAUCAGAACUCACAGGCGCGCUUAGUGACGCUUACAAAAACGGCCGGAGCCACGAAGUUGGCGAGCAUCCCAAAGCUUCAGACUCCGACUUGUCAACGCUUUCAAUGCCUACUACGUGCAACUAUCCGAACAAGGAUGUUCAUUGCGCUCCGUACCUGUCCACGUUGUACAGCGAUGCAUACCACUACGCUGCCGAGAAGCACGCUGGUCUCUACCUGUCAUGGGCAGUGUACUUACCGUGGUCGUUCUGGCAGUGUCUUGAAUCUUUGUUCAGGGCGUUUACUAAUAUAUCCUGCCAGGAUUGGGGAUGUCGUCGCUGUACGCACGGCACAGCUUGUAAACGGGGUAAGCAUGGCGCUGCCUAUAACUGUCAGUGCAAAGGCCUCGUCGAAUGCCGCGGUGUCAUAAGCACGUUAUAUAGUUUCGGAUUCACGUUCGGCAAUCCAGCAACGCUUUCAGCUGCAGAGGGGAAAAGGUAUUGCCACAAUUUCUACAAACAACUCAACAAUGUAUUAAAUUCCAACUACUUCAAAACGCUGUUCGAAAAGUGCGACGAAUUCAUAUUCACCAUCAGGCAGCCGUUUAUAUGGCUUAACGUGGCGCUCUGGUCACUGUCCCUCUUGUACCUAAUCUGCGUGAUGGUUGGACGCCUGGAUGUGCUCCACAUCCGAUCGCACCUGAGGAUACCGUCGUCGCACAGGAUAACGGCGCAAUCAUUGUUGGCUGCAGCGCAAGUCGGAAGGCUUGCCAAGAUAUCGUAUCUACAACCGUGA